AUGGCUCUGAUUAAGUGCCAACACACAUGGUUAAGAUGGUUAGAAGGAGAUGCAAAAUAUGUCAGAGUAUUAUCUUUUGACUUUCGCAAAGCAUUCGAUAGCGUUCCACACGAUAUUUUAUGUGAGAAGCUUAAGAAGCUCCCCAUCAACCCAUAUGUGACUAAUUGGCUGAUUAGUUUUCUGGAGGAUAGGAAACAGAGGGUAGUGGUUGAUGGAAUAGAAACUGAAUACUUGAACAUUAAUCGAGGUGUUCCCCAAGGAACAGUUCUGGGUCCUGUCCUCUUUUCGAUCAUGGUGAAUGACAUUAAAACAGUUAACGCCAUAAACCAGUUAGUUAAGUUCGCGGAUGACAUGACAUUAGAAGUACCAGGGAAUGAAAACGGAGAUACAUCCCAAGCCGAAGUGGACAGUAUACAAACAUGGUCUGAAAAUAAUCGAAUGUCCUUAAAUAUGGAAAAGACGUAUGAAAUGAUUGUUAGGAGAAAUAUCCCUACGCUGUUGCCUGAUCCUUUUCCAUUUAUUAAACGAAGGACGUGGUUAAAGAUUCUAGGAAUUACAUUACAGGAUCUCCCUUCCAAGUGGGAUUUGCAUUUUGAUGAAAUGUUGAAAAAAGCCAGUGCAAGAAUGCACAUAAUGCGUGUCUGUAAAUACUAUGGCUUCCCAAUCAAACAACUGGACAUGCUGUUUAACACUUUAAUUAUGCCUAUAAUCACUUACGGCAUAGAACUUUGGGGAGGCGCAUACUUCAAUAAAUACAUUAGUCAAAUAGACAAAUUCAUCAAUCGCGCUCACAGAAAUGGUUACAUAUCGGAAAAAUUGAAUAUUAAGGAGAUAAGCAUAAAAAGGGACAAGAAACUUUGGGAUAAAGUAAUACAUAAUAAAGAUAAUGCACUACAGGAGCUUUUACCAGAUAAAUUAAAUAGACACCUUAGGCCAAGGGGACACGAGUUUGAACUUCCAUUA